AUGGCUCAAUCUUGUCUUGUUCUGGUGGAGUCAUCCGGAAGAGAGGGCCCUGCAGCAUUUAUUGUUUCUACUUCUGAGGACGGCAGCGCCCAAACUUUGGUGAAGCCCUUAAGAGACACUCUGUUGGAGAGUACCAGCAGCUCAGCGCGCUUCUUCAAGAGAUACGUUCUUUUUCAGAGACCGACAGUCUCAGUAGCAACUCUACGCCCAAUCAUUGUCAGCAGCCUUGUGGCUUUACCCACCAGCAGGGCACUUGUUCAGCACGCUUCCUACGAUCAGGCCCUCACCCAGGCCAUAGCCGAUCCUGACUCGAUGGACUGGGCUUUCUACACUCAUAUGUUCGCCCUCUACGAAGACGUUUUCGUGCACGUCGACCAGCAGGGCGGCCAGAUAGUCCUGCCCAGACAGGCCUUGCUCGUUCGCGAUGACAUGUCACCGAUAGCGAAGGACAUCUUUGGAGUCAUUGCGUCAGUCGUUGGCGGCUUGAUCUCCACCUUGAUCCAGACCACCCGCACCAUCAACCUUACCUGGGCUCGGGAUGGCGACGAGUUGACCAUGAAGCGUUCCCUCCGCAAGGUUGACUAUGGCGCACUCAACCUGUACUUCCUGCGCGAUGUUGGCGACGCCUUCGGCUACUGCUACUUCCCCACCACCGCCUCCCCCGGUUCCACCAAUUAUUACAUUCUGGACGGUUGCACCAUCCUCUUCUCCACUGUCCCCGGUGGCAGCUCGACCAACUACAACCUCGUCCGCACUGUCAUCCACGAGGUCGGCCACUGGUUCGGUCUCUCCCACACCUUCCAGGGCGGUUGCACCGGCAGCGGCGACACCCCCGCCCAGGCCAGCGCCAGCUCCGGGUGCCCUGCCCAAGUCGAUCCGGCGUCGGUUGUCUGGCAGGUUCUGGCUUUGGCGGCGGAGGUGCAUCGUUCAUGA